AUGGACCUGUCCCCCAGUCACCGCCAUCGUCAAACUCCAUCUGGCCCUCGGCACCCGCAAAGUCUCACAGAAGCGCAGAUGCCUCGUACCUCGCAAUCCGCCUAUAUUGCGACACCGACCCAAGAGGAAGGCUAUCCAGAGAUGGUGCAGAUAUCGAACAGGUCCGCACUCGUGCCCUCGACCUCUAUGCGGCAUUCACGGUCUCGCCAAACUGCACCUGCAUCUCAUCAUAGCGCUCAACCAACAGUGCGAGCGGUACCGGAAGCCGAAAGCGCAAUUGCAGUCAAUUAUCAUCCCCCAUCAUCACCAGCACUGUCGAGGCCCAGAUACACGAGCUAUCCCGAUCGCGAUUAUCCACAUGCGCCUCCGCCUGCACGUCACCGAAGUCGAAGCCCAGCGAACAGUCCUCCUCCAGCUUCUCGAAUGGAGGCCCAAUCCACCACGACCAGCCACUCGCACCGCCAACCACCAUCUACUACAUCAACCAGCCAACAGCAGCGCCGAACGGAGUCUUCGCACACGAGAACCCCAUUCCAGCCGGCGCAAGCCUACCACGGACAGCGCCAACAAGAUCCACAUCGUCUCCUUCCUACAACAGGCGGUGCCCCUCGCUGCUUCAGCUUCGAGCUCGCUCCUGCCAACAACGAGUUCGUAUACACACCUCCACGCACGUCCGAUAACGAGAUCAUCUCGUCGGACCAGAAUCGCCGACCACAAUUCAGACCAGUCCUUCGAUCAGUGCCCGACACGGUUCGCGACGUGUCAGCAGACCACCUCGCCCUGAUAUUUGCGCGACCGGCUGCAUUUGACGAGUCGCGGAGGGUGCCAGAGAAUCUGCCUGAGGACCCAAAUAUCAGGCAGGAGUUUGCGGAGGGCUUCAUCUACGAGACUGGAGUGGACUACGAGACUGUGGAGGGGAACAUUCCGAGCAGUCCGCCGGUGUUUGACCAGUACAUGCUGUUUGAGGAGGGCCGGAUGGAGACUGAUGAGGGACACAGUACCACUCGGCGAGUCUCUGAGGAUGAUGCUGGCGACUUCAGCCAGGUCGAGAUGCCAGGGAUGUGGCGGUGA